GCCAAAGACUUCUACGUCCCAGCCAGGCCAGCGCCGCUCCCGCCCUCUGCCCGGCGGAGCUGCGGGGCUCCGGGAGCCGCCGGCAGCCGCAGCACGGCCGGAGCACAGCCCGCGGCUCCCGGGGCAGCGCCGAGGCGCACCACGCUCCUGGGUCCCGAUCUACUGCGCCGCGAAGUUUGUGCCCACUGACUCUUGUCCUGUUGCUGGAUACCACCAAGAGGAGCCUGGUUUCAUCUUCUUUACACCUCCAUCAGUAACAGCCUGCCCAACUGAAGAUGUCUAACAAUGGAGUUGAAACAGAAGACAAACCACCUGCUCCUCCAAUGAGAAAUACCAGCACUAUGAUUGGUUCAGGAAGCAAAGAUCCUGGGACUUUAAACCAUGGCUCAAAACCUCUGCCUCCCAAUCCAGAAGAAAAGAAGAGGAAGGAUCGAUUUUACCGAUCUAUUUUGCCAGGAGAUAAAACCAAUAAGAAGAAAGAGAAAGAGCGGCCGGAGAUCUCCCUCCCUUCAGACUUUGAACACACGAUUCAUGUGGGAUUUGAUGCAGUCACGGGAGAAUUCACAGGAAUGCCAGAGCAAUGGGCACGUCUGCUGCAGACUUCCAACAUCACCAAGUCAGAGCAGAAGAAGAACCCCCAGGCAGUGCUGGACGUGUUGGAGUUUUACAACUCCAAGAAGAUCUCCAACAGCCAGAAGUACAUGAGCUUCACAGAUAAAUCAACUGAGGAUUACAAUUCAUCUAAUACAUUGAAUGUGAAGGCUGUCUCUGAGACCCCUGCAGUGCCCUCAGUGUCUGAAGAUGAGGAUGAUGAAGAUGAUGCAGCUCCACCCCCUGUGAUAGCUCCACGACCGGAACACACCAAAUCUAUAUACACCCGCUCUGUGAUAGACCCUCUUCCUCCGCCUACCAGAGAUGUGGCCACCUCUCCUAUUUCUUCUCCCUCGGAAAACAGCACAACAGCACCCGACAUGCUGGUCAGGAACACGGAGAAGCAAAAGAAAAAGCCAAAAAUGUCAGAUGAAGAGAUACUGGAAAAAUUAAGAAGUAUCGUGAGUGUGGGCGAUCCAAAAAGGAAGUACACAAAUUUUGAGAAGAUUGGACAGGGAGCCUCAGGUACAGUUUAUACAGCAAUAGAUGUAGCUACAGGACAGGAGGUUGCAAUCAAACAGAUGAAUUUGCAACAGCAGCCCAAAAAAGAAUUGAUUAUUAAUGAGAUCCUUGUGAUGAGGGAAAACAAAAACUCCAACAUUGUCAACUACUUGGACAGUUACCUUGUAGGAGAAGAGCUCUGGGUGGUGAUGGAGUACUUGGCAGGAGGCUCCCUAACCGAUGUCGUGACGGAGACCUGCAUGGACGAGGGACAAAUCGCCGCCGUGUGCCGGGAGUGUCUCCAAGCCCUGGAAUUCCUCCAUUCAAACCAAGUUAUUCACAGGGACAUCAAGAGUGACAACAUCCUGCUGGGAAUGGAUGGCUCUGUCAAACUAACUGACUUUGGCUUCUGUGCCCAGAUCACUCCUGAGCAGAGCAAGCGCAGCACCAUGGUGGGCACGCCGUACUGGAUGGCCCCGGAAGUGGUGACGCGGAAAGCUUACGGGCCCAAAGUGGAUAUCUGGUCUUUGGGGAUCAUGGCCAUCGAGAUGAUCGAAGGAGAGCCCCCCUACCUCAAUGAGAACCCUCUGAGAGCCCUGUAUCUCAUUGCUACUAACGGGACUCCAGAACUGCAGAAUCCAGAAAAGCUUUCACCCAUAUUCCGAGACUUCUUAAAUCGCUGUCUUGAAAUGGACGUGGAAAAGAGAGGUUCUGCAAAAGAGCUGCUACAGCACCAGUUCUUGAAAAUUGCAAAGCCUCUAUCCAGUCUCACUCCUCUGAUUAUUGCAGCUAAAGAGGCAGCCAAGAACAACCAUUAAAGUGGUGAAGUCAACACAGUCAUUGCAUCAAGACUUUUAGAUGUUCAUUUCAGAGACUGAAUUACUUGCCCUUCUCCCCUUCUGCUCCUUCUUCACAGGGGUGUUCUUAAAACUUUGACUUGCUCUGAAGGGUGGCAGAGGCAUCGUUCGCUGUAUGUGGAAGGGCGCACAAUGGGACAUAGCUGAUCUUACGUGGUGAACUGUCCUUCCAUCCUUGUGAUGGGGACGAGAGGGGAAGAAUACUUCGUAUGGAUGAGAAGAUCUUUCUAAGAGCAUCUGAACCUGACCUACAUGUAGUGAAGCCAGUUUGUUUUCAUAUUUCUUAUUGUGUUUAUUUUUAAAAAUAACGUGGAGCCUUAUGCCAUGUUUAUCUUAAUAAAUUAAAUCUUUUGCUGGCUGCACUUUGCCUGCUUCUGCCAAGCUGCUGUUACUCCGUGGAGGCUGCUCUGUGCUUUGGAUGACUCGAGGAGGGAAGGAAGCAGGCAGCAGCAAUGUGAACAGCUGUCAGCUGAGAAGGGGAACGAGGGGGUGAAGGUGCAUCCCUCCUGCAGCACUGCUGGAUGCUUCGAGGAAGCAUGGAUAAAGCCUCUGCGUGCUUCCUGCAGCCAUUGAAGAACUUAAUUCAUGGAUGAUCUCUUUGCCAAGUGGUGUGAACUGCCCCCUACUCCCUCUUUCCCCCUUUAGUGGCAAAUCUACUAGUUAAACAAAUGUCAAAUAAUUUUUGUUGUUCUAGGAAACAAAUUGCAGGGAAAAAAAUGACAGAGAGGUCUUUUAGGGUUAUUUUAUCAGUGCUGUGAGGCUUUUUAGAGAUGCUGCCCUGUGUGAUUAACAAACAGAGCAGUUACUAUUGUAAAGACAAGAUUUGUCAGCAAAAUAUGUUGAAAACUCUUGUUUCUUAGAGCAAGUCCAGUGGAAAACAAACUGAUAAUGGAUGCUGCUUUCUCUGUGGACAUGUGGGGACACAAAUUUUUUGAAAUGGUUUCUUUAUGCUACUGAUUCCUUGGGUUGCCAAUAGUCUGUAAAACAACAGGAAACCUGGAACUACUAGAAGAGGGACUGGUUGUAAACACUGGGCUUAUGUUAAACUGUAUACUGAUUUUUAAUAAAGUGACUGCUGUGUUUCUUAACUCGGGGAUAGAGGAGAGCUGGAGAAUUCACUGUCACCAGACAAAUCUGUCAUUGCUCGUAUGGUCACCAGGUACUUGGAUGUGUUGGAUGAAGUAAUUUAACCUUGUUUUUUACCUCUUCUUCUGCAGUCCUUUGGGAUAGUAAGUGGCUCCCAAGGGCCACUUUACACAUAGUGAAAAUGAUACAAAAAUGUGUAUUGUAACUAUGGGAGCUGCUUUCUCUGUACUGCUUUGGUCACAUAGGGGGUGAGUUUAAACCUAUUCUGGAGUAACCUCUCAUCUUUCUGUUGGACAGAAAUUCAUUACUUCAUGCUGAGACCUGCUGCUGGCUCAGCCCUUUCCUCCCUGGACCUGGGCUUUAAUUAAACAUAUUUUUCUGAUGUGGCCCCGCGGUUCAUGACAGCUAUUACGCUAGCUUUACUGGGUGUAGGUACUUUGUGAGUUCUUUUGCUUCUCAGGGGCCUUCUCCUAUCCUUUGUGCUUCAGGGCAGACACUGUUUGAUAAAAGGCUGAGGGGUGAAGUCUAUUCCCCUAAUUUGCAGCCUCUCUCCCUCUGGGUGUUUGUACUUCUUCUCCCAGUAUUAAGUUUCCUCUCACAAAGCUUGUAUCCAAGGAUGAAUUCCGUGGGCAAAACAGUAGAGCUGCCAACCUGGCAAGGGAUAUGAUCUAUUGAUGAGCUCAUCUGCUUGGAGAGAUGGAGAUUGUGGAAUGGAAGGCCACUAUGCUUGAAUAAUUCCCUUUGAAAAAGACUUUGUAUUCCCUCUGGAAGACUCAGGAUGGCAUAUGUGGGAGGAAUACAAUUAGUGGCUAGAUCUCUCUUGAUCUAAAACCUCAUUUGACUGGCAGAUAUGACAGUUGACUACUUUUCAGACAGUGCAGGGUUCAAUUUGAUCCACAAUGUGUUUAAUGUCUCUGACUUCUCUUUGAUUCCCUUCCCCACUCCCUUCUCUGCAUCUCAUUGAGAUGAGAACCUUAAUGCAGAUGUGCCCUAUCUGUAAGCAUGCACAGGAGUUUAUUUGCCUGCAGCAAGAUUUCUGCUAAACUUCCCCAAACAAGACAGAAAAGGUUAUUUUUAUGUGUUUUAAGUUGCUCUUCUGGAUCUUCUAUUGCAUAAUGAAAAGGGAUCAACAGCGACUGUUUAUUCUAUUCCUCAUCUUACAAUGUGCUUCUGUCUCGUUGACUUCCACAUGGACUCAGUCAUGCCUGGUUUCUGUUGGCUGCUGGAGAGGGAUGUUGCCAAAAGUCUGUCUUUCUGCUGGGAAAAGUUGCAAGACUGUGCCCAUGCUUGUGUGUCAUCUUGUCCCAGGCUGUUUUGUCCCCACUUGUGAUGGGUGGGUGGGAAAAGGAGGCGAUUGCUACAGUGUGCCUAGACCUAGUUUCUAGUUACCAGAUACAUUGUGGUUUUAUGUUCUCAGAAAAUCUUUAAAGAUAUUUUCUAAAAAUUGUAAUUAGCCUAAUCUUAAGAGAAUGGGUUUAUUUUGUUCUAGUUGUUCUGAAAUGCACCCUUUCCUCCCCUCUCCUUUUGUGUGUGAGUCACCCGGCACCAGCACCUCCGUUAGCUUUUAAAGAGCCCUUCCUGUCUACGGCACACUCCUGUCUAGAGAGGGCUCUUAAAUAGUGACUUUCUGACUUAAAAUUUAAUCUCCAGAGGAUAUUUUCCAAGAAUAUCUAGUCCCUGCUGUUACUUGAAAGUGACUACAACUUGAUGGCUUCUUUGGUGCCUUUUUUUCUCCCUAACUUUCUCUUAUGCCUGAGUUGAAACCAUUUUUAAUCACAGCCCUUAAUUAUUAAUUUGCCUGCUAAUAUUAAAGUUCUUUCUUCCAUAUUAGAACAUUAAAUAUUGACUUGUUUUGACUGUCCUUUCAGAAAGCUGAUUUCCUUUUUGGGGGAUCUCAAGCAAUCUUAUACCAGAAAUAAUUUUGUAUCCUACCAUUUACAAAGGGCUUGUUGGAGGGAGAGGAUAAAACUCAUCUUUUCUUAAACACAGAGAGUUAUCUUAUUUGAGUAUCAAUUGGUAUCUUCAAUAAGACUUUUCCUAUGUUUCAAGAAUGGGCAUUGAUUCUUUGUAUUACCUUAGUUAUUAGGGUUUUUUAGGGUUUAAAGGUUUUUUAAACAAACAAUUUUGACUUCUUUCGAAGAGUUUGUGUGUGAAAGAGGUAUGGAGACUACGUGGGAAGAAGGCAGGUUAUUUGGACAGCACUCUCAGGCACAUGGUGUAAUUCUUGGAGUUGUCCUGCUCAGGGCCAGGAGUUGGACUCAAUGAUCCUUGUGGAUCCCUUCUAACUCAGGAUGUUCUGUGAGGCUGAGAGUGAAGAGCCAGGACAGGGCUGGAGGGCACAGCAGAACUAGCUGGUUGCAGCAGCAGUAGCACACCUUUAGCCAUCCCUGAAAUGUCUUCAUUGAAUGGAUGUGUUUUUAGGGAGCAUAAAUCUGACUGAAUUGUUGCUACAGGCACUUCUCUAGGCAGGCAUUAUGCUCCUACCAAACUGCCUUCCUCUUUUAAACAAAAGGGGUGCAGGGAUUUCUCCAGCAAAGGAGGCUCCUUGAGAAAGGAGGUUUCCAUGGAGACACUUACUUGACUUAAACAAUCUGGCUAAGGCUUGAGAAGAGGUUUGGUGGGUAGACACCACAUUGACACCACUGUUUUGCAAAGCAGCUGGAAUUGCUGCAGUGUUUUGUUGCCAAUUUGGUGCCCCUUUUCACGGGGCUGGUUUUGAAAAAGUGCUGAGAAUGAGAAGUGCCUGGUCAGGAUUGUGAGGUGUAUAAAAGUCUGACUCUUCUUAGCUUAGCUGAGAUGUCUGUUAGCAUCCUGAUCCAUCUGUCUCAAAAUGCUGCAGGUCGGUGUAAGUAGGGCACGUUUGCAGCAGAGUACUGUGCAAGAAAGGAUUGCAAUGGUCUGUAGUAGGUGCUUGCUUUCUUAGAACCCACCCUUCUUGGUUGACAGCAAAAUGGGUUCUGACCAGUGUCCAAGAAUAAUAGUUGUUUGAAGCCCAUUCCUAAUUAAGAGCAUAGUCUGUUUGUUUGGUGAGUGACAACAUCUUCAAUGUUAAAAUUGUUAAAGGUGAACUGAUUAUCUGCUCAUCUUUUCUCCAUAAAACAGUAAGGCUUUUUAAUGGCUUCUUAUUUCAGCUGUAAUAGAGAGCCUGUAAAUGUAUUUUGGGGUCAUAAGCCAACUGGAUGGAGCAUAUGUAUAAUGAAUGCUGUAGGAUCUUAGUUUUUUGCUAAUGACAGCUCACGGUGGCAAAGGUGAGACCUUAGAGGAGCAGCUGCGAGCUUUGACAGGGAAUGGCCAACAGCAACAAAACUGCAAUGCAGAUGGGAGCUGGACAGAAACUUGCUGCCAGAAUGGAGCCUACAGCAAGUGGUGGGAGAGAGGCAGAGUUGGUCCAAAGGGUAGGAUAAAGCAAAGGCUAAAACUUCACUUGCACAGUUGCUGAGGAAAUUCAGGGUGUGCCACAGCAGCCUGCUGUAUCUCAAGGCAGCAGUGUCUCUGAAGGAGGGGAGCAGAAAGGAACCUGGGAAGGGAAAAGGUGCUGAAAGUGGAGAGUGGAGCAACAAUAUGGCUCUGAGUCACAGCUUGUGCUUAAGAGCUGGAGCUAAUCCAGGAGGUUCACAAAAAAUUACAAAAUUCAGCUGAAAAGGAAAAGUGGAGCUAGAAUGGAGGAGAUGGCCUUGAUGUGCCAAGGAACUGAAGAGAGAGGAGAGAUUUCCUGAAUGUGUGAAACAGCAGAAACUAAUUUAACACAGGCUUCUGUGGAUGACAAGUAGCUCAUUCCCUCCUGCCUUGUAGCAUCAGUGUCUUGUCUUUUUGAGAUCAGCUCUGCUUUAGGAUCAUGUCAUCAGCCACCCAGUUUCUCUCUCAUGUUUGUAAAGAAGGCUUUUUGCUCUGCGCCUACUGAGUUCUGACUGCAGCUCUCUGCUGUUGGUAGAUGUCUUUGUGUUGUGUCCCACCUGGAAAUACAGAGGCUGUUGCAGUUUUAAAAUCUGCUGGGUAAUGUACUUCUCCCCAUGCUGCCUUGGCAUAACUUCUGUACUGUACUGCUGGGUUUGUUUAAUGUGCCAGGUCAGCUCAGCCAUUUUAAAAAUAAAAAUUGAAACCUUAUAUAAAACCUUGAUUAA